AUGUCCAUCCCCAUCUCCAAACCCUCCACUCUACAAGACUGCAAAACCCAAAUCCAAUCCCUGCACUCCUUCGAACUCCGACACAACAUCGAAAUCAUUGCCCAACCCUCAAACCUUUACCAUGCCCACAAACACCCCGGCCUCGCCAUCUUCGACAUGGACUCCACCCUGAUCCAACAAGAAGUCAUCGACGAACUGGCCCGCGCCGUCGGCUGCUACGACCAGGUCUCCGCCAUCACCGAAGCGGCCAUGCGCGGCGAGGAGCCCUACACGGAUUUCGAAGCGAGUUUGCGGGCGCGGGUGGCGUUGUUGAAGGGCGUGCCGAUGACGAUAUGGGAGGAUUUGAAGACGAAAGGGAUUAUUACGUUUACGCCGGGGGCGGGGGAGUUGUUGCGUGUUUUGAGGGGGUUGGGAUGGAAGAGUGCGGUGCUUAGUGGUGGCUUCAUCAAUCUCGCGGAAUGGGUGGAAGAAACUCUUGGACUGGAUUAUGCGUUUGCGAAUCAUCUCGUUGCCGAUGAGAUGGCGGGUGUUCUUACGGGGGAGCUUGUGCCGGGCAAGCCGAUUAUUCAUGGGGAGAAGAAAAGGGAGUUGCUUUUGGAUUUGGCGAAGAAGGAAGGUAUCGAGAGGGAGAGAGUUGUGGCCGUGGGCGAUGGUAGUAAUGAUCUGCCGAUGAUGGGGGUUGCGGGGUUGGGCGUGGCGUUCAAUGCGAAGCCGAAGGUGCAGGUGGCGGCGCCGGUGAGGUUGAAUUCGGGGAGUUUGAAGGAUGUGCUGUAUGUGCUUGGGUACAGUGAAGGGGAGAUUCGGAGUGUGUUGGAGGGUUGA